AUGUUUGGCACUUCGAACUGUUUAUCUAUUCUUUGUUUGACUUCAUUUUUUAUACAAAAUGUCUUUGGUUUUUAUUAUUUAAAUAAUGCUGGUGAAAGAAAAUGUUUUCAGAAAGAAUUAACUAAAGAUACUUACAUUCAAGGACGUUAUUCUGUAUCAGUUUUGAAUCCAAACACCAAGCAAUACACGGAUGCUUCCCCAAAUGAAAUGAGUAUUAUUGUUGACAUUGAAGAAAUAUUUGAUGAUAACCAACGUGUCGUACAUCAAAAGGGUUCUCCAAUUGGUGAUUUUACUUUUGUUGCUUUGGAAUCAGGUGAACAUAGAAUUUGUUUACAGACUCAAUCUAAUGAUUGGUUAUCUAAAUCUAAAGUUCGUGUUGAUUUGGAAUUUGAAGUAGGUUCUGACAUGAAAUUGGAUUCAAAGAAGAAAAAGACAAUGGAAACUUUACAAGGUAGAAUCAACCUUUUAGCAUCAAAAGUCGUGCAAAUUAGAUUGGAACAAAAUUUAAUGAGAGAACGUGAAGCUCAGUUCAGAGAUUUGUCUGAAAGUGUCAAUUCUCGUUCAAUGUGGUGGACCAUUAUUCAAUUGAUUGUUCUUGGUGUUGUAGGCUUUUGGCAAAUGAAACAUUUAGCUACAUUCUUUGUCAAACAAAAAGUUUUAUAA